AUGGAUCCCUACACGCCUCUGCCUAGACCGACUGUCGAACAAUUACGCCAUGUUGCAAAGAACUAUCCGAUCAUCGACAAUCAUGCACACAAUCUUAUUCUACCGACCCACGCGGAUACGAUACCGUUUGAGACCAUCACCACCGAAGCCCAGGGACGCGCACUGAGAGAUACAUUCAAAACGCUCUCCCACCUUCGAGCAGCAAAGCAUCUACGCCAACUUUACGAGUGUGGAGAGGACGCCGACUGGGAGGAUAUUUUGGAGCAAAGAAUCGAAUGGCUUCGUAGUGAUCCGGAACGACUGCACCAGCGAUGCUUUGAAGGUGUGCAUGCCUUGCUCAUUGACGAUGGCCUUGCGGGACCAGAGAAGGUGUUUCCCUAUGAGCAUCAUGAUCAAUACACAACGGCACCAUGCAAGCGUAUUGUGCGUAUCGAAAAGGUCGCCGAGCGUUUGAUGGAGAGACUCGUUCGCAAGGCCAAAGAGGACGACUUGGCAAAGACAAAGUUCCUCACCGAUAUCUGGGUCGCCUUUACAGAUAACUUUGAGGGCGCGAUUCAGGACGCUAUCGCGGACCCGGAGGUUGCCGGCUUCAAAACUGUCAUUUGUUACCGAACAGGGCUUGAUAUUGAGCCUGACUAUGAAGAGGCGGCCAAAGUCGUUGGCCACCCAUUUGAACGAUAUGUCAAGAAUUGUAUUCGCAAACGGAGUUACAGGAUAGAGAAGAAGGCCCUGAACGAUUACAUUGUGUUGCGGACACUCGAGAUCCUGUCGGAGCAAGUGCGACACUCGGAUGCAUUUACAAAGCCACUCCAGUUCCAUACGGGCCUUGGUGAUAACGACAUCAGCCUACUAGAAUCUAAUCCUGCCUUCCUGCAGCCCUUGAUUGAAAACUAUCCCACGGUCCCAUUCGUCCUUUUGCACUCGGCGUACCCGUAUACCCGAGAAGCAGGCUAUCUUGCCACCGUCUAUCGUCACGUGUAUCUUGAUAUUGGGGAGGUGUUUCCUAUGCUCAGUAGAGAUGGCCAAGGGGCAGUUUUGCGUCAAGCCAUGGAGCUCGUGCCAGGAAGCAAGUUGAUGUAUUCGAGUGAUGGGCAUUGGUUCCCUGAGACGUUUUGGCUGGCAAACCUUCAGUUCCGAGAAGUCUGGCUCGAUGUACUUCUCGAAUACGUCGAAAAGGGCGACUUGACACCGUUUCAAGCUAUGGGUAUGACGAAAGACAUACUGUUUAACAACGCAAAUGUACUGUAUGAUCUUCGCUAUGAAGUUAUCUUUGACGAAAGGGUUCCAGAAGUACCCAAGCAGCUCACCUUCAGUCCGAAGGUGGAUCCACGUGCGCCACAGCAGUCUCCCACUGUGCUUCCAGUACACGAUGCCAGCCCAUCAGGUCCAGCUACCAACAUGAGUACACCUUCUGCAAGGCCAGUCUCACCAUAUCCCCCGUCUUCGUUCCCACCUCCACCAAAAGUACCGCAGGUGUACGACGUUCAAAUUUUGGAUGACUUCAAGCAAAAGAACCCAGCCGUCAAAUUCGUGUACGUUCAGUGGCUGGACUACAUGGCCACUGUUCGAGCGCGCAUAGUGACUCUGAAAGAGUUUGAGCGCAUGGUACGAGCGGGCGAACGAAUCGGUAUCUCACAGGGCAAUACAGGGACUCUCCAAAAUGACUCAACGACCCCCGUCGUCAACACUACGGGGCAGAUCUACGUUGAGCCUGAUCUCCGCUCAUUACGAAAGACACACAACAAGGACCCUCUACCAUCUGCAACCGUUCUAUGCUACUGGCGCAACGAAUCCGGCAAAGCCCUCGUUGAGUGCCCACGUAAUGGCCUUGAGAAUCUUGUCAGCGACUUGCAAUACAACUACGGUACGAGCUUGCUCGUAGGAUUCGAGAUCGAAGUCACAUUUUUGAAUCGCAGUCGACGAAAUGCUGCUCAACCUUACAGUUCCUUGACAACAACCCAUGCCUGGAGCACUCUGUCACCCGAGCAAUGGCUGCAACUCCCCUUUCUCUCAGAGAUCGUUCUAGCACUCGAAGAAAUGGACAUUGAAGUUCAGCAGUUCCAUGCAGAAUCCGGAAAAGGGCAGUACGAAUUCAUACUCGCGCCUCUCCCGGCUUUGCCCGCUGUCGACACCUUGAUACAAGCACGGCAGGUCAUCACUCAGAUUGCUGAACAACAUGAUAUGCGGGCUACUUUACAUCCAAAGCCCUUUGCGGGAAUAGGUACAGCAGCACAUGCACACAUCUCGCUGCAGCCCCCGGAUCGGGACAUGCAGUUCUUCGUUGGGGGCGUGCUGCAGCAUCUCCCCGCUAUUUGUGCAUUUACGAUGCCUUGCGAAGAGAGUUAUGAGCGCGUCAUGGACGAUAGCUGGACUGGCGGUACAUGGAUAGCAUGGGGCACGCAGAACCGCGAAACACCCCUUCGCCGCAUCGGCCCUGGCCACUGGGAACUCCGCACCCUCGACGGCCUCGCAAACAUGUAUCUCGCGCUCUCUUGCGUCAUCGCUGCCGGCCUCCUCGGCGUCCAGUCUGCAGAGACGGCGUACCCGCAACUAGAUCUCCCGUUCAAUCCAGCGACGCUGGAUGAAGACGCAAGAAGACGUUACGGGGUGCUGCAGCAGCUGCCACGGAAUCUGCACGAGGCGCUUGAUGCGAUGGACGAGGAUGGCGCGCUCAAGGAGGCCUUGGGCCAUCGGCUCGUGCAGCAUUAUGUUGCGAUGAAGGAGAGCGAGAGGAAGAUGUUGGGGCAAAUGGAGGAGGAGGAACGGCGGGUGUUUUUGAUAGAACGGUAUUAA